GGUCGGAAUUGGCGGGUCGCAAAAUCUUUUGUCUGGCCGAGUAACGAACCUAUUUCGUCAAAACCCCGUUCUUAAAAGCAUUUUAAACUGCCCGCGGUGCUUUUUGGAAAACAAAUCUUAGCACUCAUUUGGGGGUGUUGCGUCGUUAUUUUAUUCAUCCAAAGCUCUUUUGACGUUGACAAGGAACCAGAAGGUUCCGCAGAAUCUUCCUCGACGAGUAUGAGCCAGCCAACAGACAACACUAGUGAUGCUGCCCCUGUCACCUCAGAACCUGCACAGACAGCUGCCAAACUGGCAACCACCGGCGGAAAGAAGCAGACCAAGAAGAAGGUGGAAGAGGUGGUAGAAGAGGAAGAGGAAGAAUAUGUUGUGGAGAAAGUUCUGGACCGACGGGUGGUGAAGGGCAGAGUCGAAUACCUGCUCAAAUGGAAAGGCUUCACAGAUGAGGACAACACAUGGGAGCCUGAAGAUAACCUUGACUGUCCAGACCUGAUAGCUGAGUACCUGCAGUCACAGAAGAAGGCUGGAGAUGAGAAAAAAGAUGCAGGUGGCAAAAGAAAAGUGGGAGAGUCAGAUAAUGAGACAGGCAGUGAAGACAGGCCAAAGAAGAGGAAAGAUGAAGAGAAGCCACGGGGCUUUGCCCGGGGAUUGGAUCCUGAGCGCAUUAUCGGAGCCACAGAUUCCAGCGGAGAGUUGAUGUUCCUCAUGAAAUGGAAAAAUUCAGAUGAGGCAGAUCUUGUGCCAGCAAAGGAAGCGAAUGUGAAGUGCCCACAAGUAGUUAUUUCAUUCUAUGAGGAGCGGCUAACGUGGCAUUCGUACCCUAAUGAGGAGGAGGAGAAGAAAGAUGACAAAAACUAAACAACAGGCAGAACCUGGCAUCAUGGUUUUGACAAAAUGGCAGAUUUUUUUUUUUUUUUAAAGCUUUUUAACUUUUGCCAUAAAUGUUGGACACUUGGAUAUUGUCUAGAACACACAUACAGUGGUGGGGUUUUCUGGAGAUUUAAAUAUUAAAGAGUCUGUAUAGCAACUGCAGAAACACUUCUCCAUUUGAUACGGCUUUUUUUUUUCUCUGAUUGGAUUAUGGGAAAUGUAAUUUACCAAACUGAAGUUGGUCCUAAUUCGCUCUUUGUCUCAGAUACAUUUUUAUGUGAUGCCUACACUCUUGCAGGUAUAUAUUGUGAUGUAAGGCAUAGACACUGGUAUUUUUAACCAAGAAUAAACUUCUACAGUUUAUUAAUAUUCA